ACGGCACUGCACCCAGACAGCGGCAGCCUGCACCUCACCCUCACAUCUGGGACCGCACUGGACCUGAGUACUCAGUGCAAGGCACCGCCUAGCUGCAGCCAUGAGGAUCCACAGCCUCAUCCUGCUCUCCUUCUUCCUCCUGGGCGCUCAGGUGCUCUCAGCAGAGGGGAAAAGAAGAGGAAAGAAUGAACAUCACAGCAAAGUCGUCUCAGAGCAAAAGGACACUCUGGGCAAUGCCCAGAAUAAGCAGAGAAGCAGGACAGCCAGGUCCAAAGGCAAGUUUGUCACCAAAGACCAAGCCAACUGUAGAUGGGCUGUGACUGAACAGGAGGAGGGCAUCACCCUCAAGGUCCAGUGCACCCAAAUGGACCGUGAGUUCUCCUGUGUCUUUGCUGGCAAUCCAGCCUCGUGUCUGAAGUUCCAGCAAGGGAGGGUCUAUUGGAAACAAGUUAGCCGGAAUCUGCGCUCCCAGAAGGACAUUUGUGGACAAUCCAAGACCGUUCUAAAGACCAAGGUAUGCAGAAAGACAUUUCCAGAAUCCAAUCUCAAGCUGGUGAGCUCCAGUCUGCUUGGGAACGUGAAGCCCAGGAAGGAGAAAACAGAGCUGUCUCUCAGGGAGCGCCCCAAGGUCAAGGAGGACACCACCUCCAGACCAGGACCAACCCAGCGCACGGCCAACAAUGCUGUGGAGUGUUUCGAGGACCCGGAUGUGGCGCAACAGAGGAGGAAUGCCCUGGAGUUCUGCGGGGAGUCCUGGAGCUCCAUCUGCACGUUCUUCCUCAAGAUGAUACAGAGCACGUCGUGCUGACAUCAAGUCCUAAGCCCCUGUCUGCUGUAAAGCUCUCCACGUUGCCCGUGAGAUAUGAACUUUUCUACUGUGAGAGGGUAGCGGAAUAUUUAAACAUAUUUUGUAAUGUUUGUUUUGUUUUUUUGGAAUUUGCUGUCUGUUCACUUUCUCGGAUGUGAUUUUCGGAGGCCCCUCGGCCCACUGCACGUUGGCACGGGGCUGCUCAGCACGGUGUGUGUAGAAGCGCAGGCCUGUCUUUGAGUUGAUGGAGCCAGAGAGAUGGUUCCCGUGGAAGGGGACAAAGCUAAUAAAGCUCUGGGUGUUUUCAAAA